UCCGGGGCCUGCCCAGCGCUGCAGGAUCGGCCGGUGGCCACUGCCCGGCACUGGGCUCCCGGCGCUGCAAGGCGAAGAGGCCCGGGCCUGGCGCCACUUGUGCAGCCCCGGUCGCGGCCGGCGGGCGCUGCAGCUCGACAGGGGGCGGGGCCGGCUGGGGAGCCUCCCGGCCGGGCCGGGUGACACAGGCUGGGGGCUCCGGCAGCAGCGACGGGGGCCGGGCCGCCGCGUGACCGGCCGCAGUCACGCUGUGCUUAAUCACAAUUAGCUUGUGCUCCAGGCUGGUCGCGUUCACCUCCCAGCUGGUGACCCCGGGGAUUUCUUUUUAUGGUAGCUUUUUGUGAAAUGCCAAAGCCACCCGAUUAUUCAGAACUGAGUGACUCUUUAACGCUUGCCGUGGGAACAGGAAGAUUCUCGGGACCAUUGCACAGAGCAUGGAGAAUGAUGAACUUCCGUCAGCGGAUGGGAUGGAUUGGAGUGGGAUUGUAUCUGUUGACAAGUGCAGCAGCAUUCUACUAUGUUUUUGAAAUCAAUGAGACUUACAAUAGGCUGGCCUUGGAACACAUUCAACAGCACCCCGAGGAGCCCCUUGAAGGAACCACAUGGACACACUCCUUGAAAGCUCGGUUACUCUCCCUGCCAUUUUGGUUUUGGACAGUUAUUUUUCUGAUACCUUAUUUACAGAUGUUUUUGUUCCUUUAUUCUUGUACAAGAGCUGACCCCAAAACGGUGGGCUACUGUAUUAUCCCCAUAUGCUUGGCAGUUAUUUGCAAUCGCCACCAGGCAUUUGUCAAGGCUUCUAAUCAGAUCAGCAGACUACAACUGAUUGACACAUAAAAGUCAGUCACCGUUUUUCCUUAUGAUUACAAAACUGCCAGUACUAUAUGGAACCUGAUCACAAGACUGCAGUUUCUUCACAGAUCUCAGGAAGUUGUGGUGGGGCAGAGGCUUUUUAAAAGAUGUGACUAGGGGGCUGUCUUUAUCUGAAUAAUAAUGAAUUUUAGGUAAAGCCUGAGAUACAGUGCAACAAAAUCAUGUUGAUGACUUCAGAUUUUGGAAGUAAAAUCGUGUCUGUUAUUUGCAUUCUUUAGAAACUUGAAUUAAGUACCUGAACUCUUAUUUUUAUUCUACUGUGCAACAUAGUGAUGGUUCAGAAAUUUUUCCUUUGGGGAAAAAAAAUGAAUAUGAACAUUUCCAUUGUGUUUAAUGUAAAAAGGUCCAAACAUGGUCAUAAAGUUUAAAUUU